CAGACGAGCUCCUGCGAGUCAUGUGAUUAUUUCAGGAAGAAAUGCAGUCGCUGCAAGCAACAUUUUGAGAGUUGCAUUAUAACUAACUUCAAGUUUUCUUUUAUAAAAACAUUAAGUAGUAAAAGAAGGGAAAAUGUUAAAUGUAAAAAGAGUUGUGUUGCGCUCUCGACCAGGCAAAGAUGGUCUUCCGGUUCCAGAGAAUUUCCGUGUAGAAGAGAUUAUGAAAUCACCCGAGCUGAAGGAAGGACAAGUGUUAGUCCGCACACUCUUCCUCUCAGUUGACCCUUACAUGCGCUGUCGCAUGAACGAUGAUACUGGAGCUGACUACCUGUUGCCAUGGAGAUUAGGGGAGGUUGUGGAUGGAGGUGGAGUUGGUGUAGUGGAGGCCAGCAAGAAUCAGGCAUUAUCUGCGGGCAUUACUGUCACCUCAUUCAGCUGGCCUUGGCAGACCUACAAUGUGAUGGAUGGCAGCCUUUUGCAAGAGGUUGACCCAGAGAUGGUCGAUGGUCACCUGUCACAUGUUCUAGGGGCGGUGGGCAUGCCUGGCCUCACUGCUCUUUUAGGUGUGAGAGAGAAGGGUCAUGUGACUCCAGGAAGCCACCAGACGAUGGUCAUCAGUGGAGCAGCUGGAGCUUGUGGGUCGAUUGCUGGACAGAUCGGCAGACUGGAUGGCUGUGAGAGAGUCGUGGGGAUUUGCGGCUCUGAGCAGAAAUGCCAGGCUUUGGUAACAGAGCUGGGUUUUACAGCAGGGAUAAACUACAAAAAAGGAGAUAUCAGCUCAGCGCUGAGAGAGCACUGCCCCGCAGGCAUUGAUAUAUACUUUGACAACGUAGGGGGUCCCAUCAGCGAUGCUGUUAUAUCACAGAUGAAUCCCGGUGGUCAUGUGAUCUUGUGCGGCCAAAUAUCACAGUACAAUAAGGAUGUGCCUUACCCACCUCCUCUUAGUGAGGAUACCCAAAAAGCUCUGUGUCACAAAAACAUCACAAGGGAGAGAUUUGUUGUAUUGAACUACAUAGAGAAGCAUGCAGAAGGUCUUGUGCAGCUCAGCCGCUGGGUAAAGACGGGCCAGAUAAAGGUGUUGGAAACUGUUGUAAAUGGUAUAGAAAACAUGGGAGAGGCGUUCUGCUCCAUGAUGACUGGAGGCAAUAUCGGUAAACAAGUUGUCAAAAUUACAGACUGAGUCAAACAUCUGCAUCUGGAGGCCUUGUGGAGGGGGUGCAGUCAUUAUAAAUCUGGGCUGGUAACCGAAAGGUUUCUAAAAAGGACUCUCAGAAAGACAUUUGAGGUUUCUCCAGUGGGACUGUCCCUUUAAGUGUGCUGUAAGUCAUUUGAAUAAAGGCAUCAGCUAAGUUGACCUAAUAUGUUUAAAAUAAAAUUAAAGGGAUUAGUUCACCCCCCCAUUUUUUUUUUUUUUUUUUUUUUUUUGUGGUCAUUGUUAUGUCACCCUCAUGUCGUUCCAAACCUGUAUAUGUUUCUUUCUUAUGUUGAACAUAAAAGAAAAUAUUUUGAAGAAUGCUGGUAAUCAAACAGUUGAUGGUCCCCAUUGACUUCCAUAGUAUUUCUUUCCCAACUCUGGAAGUCAAUGGGGACCAACAGCUGUUUGGUUCUUCAACAUUAUUCAAAAUAUCUUCUUUUGUGUUCAACAUAUGAAAGAAACUGAUACAGGUUUGGAACAACACAAGGGUAAAUGAUGACAAAAUUGUUAUUUUUGUGUGAACUAGUCCUACAGUUUAAAUUAAAAUAAAUGUGAUAAUGUUUGCCUUGCUCUAAGUGUCAAUUUUAAAAUAAAUUUAGUGUCAGUUUUUGGUAAUAUAUAGAUAGUUUCAAGCACUGUUUGAGGUUUAACACUGAAGAUGCACAUAUAUAGUUUGUUAACAAGUACUGGGGAAGUUCCUUAUGUUCACCAUGCAGCAUUUAUUUGAUUUAAAAAAAAACAUUUAAAAUAACUGAUCCCAUUUUUAUAAAUAUUUUAAAAUGUAUUUUUUUCCUGUGAUGGCCAAUCUUAUUUUUCAGCAGUCAUUACUCCAGUGUCAAAGGAAAAAAGGAAACAACAAAAUAUGUCACAAUAUGAAACCCCUUUACUUUGUUGUACAUAAAUACAGCCAGAUAAAUCAAUUCCAAUGCAAUUUGAUUCAGAGUUGCAGAAACAUGACAGAUAUAAAUUGAGGUAAUUUCAUGUGGGCAAACAACAUUGUCAACAUUGUAAAACAGAAUAAAGAAUCUAUUUUUGGCCGUAUUUUGUGGUGAAGCCAAUUGUUAAAAGAGAAUUCUGAUUAAACUCCAAGUAAAUAUGUAUUCAUUGUUCACUGAAAAGAAACUAUUUUGUGGCUUCCACAAAACAAAUGUGAACGGCACUUUCCGACAUGAGUGGAACUACAAAAGCCACGUGACCCAAAGAAUGCCCAUAAAACAGUGCAGAACAACUGGAAGGAAUAUACAUUACAAUAUCAAUGUGGAUGAAUACAAUAACAUAAUUAAAAAAAGAAAUACAGUACUUAAACCCAAAUCACAUAUAAGCAGAUAUUUCAUCAUCAAACAUUCAAAGUCCUAUUGGUUCACCACAAAUCUAGAUUAACAUACCGAGUAAAUGUGGAAUCUUCUAAAAAGGUUCGUUCUCACUAUUAUGCGCCUUAAAAUGGCAACAAAACUCUUUUUUUAAAAUAACAUUCAGGGCAGUGAAAGACAAACUAGAGCAGCCUAUUGUUCAAGUCUUUACUUUCCUGAGAGUCAACAGGAAUGUCAGUGAAUCCACCAGAAACUCUUGUCACAGCUCUUUCUGUCAUCUGUCAAGUGGAUUAUGAGGGCAAAAAAGACAGACCUCAAUGGCAACACAGAGUUGCUUUUCAAACUAACUGAUGGGCAUUGUGUUUGUGUGGCCUGCAACUGUGAAAAACCAACUAUAAAAGAGCUGCUUCAAAACAUUUCUCUAAUAAACAUGCAAUAGAAUGCACAUUUGACUAUU